AUGAACGGCGUCCAAGAGGUUUUCAUCUACUGCGGCUCGCACUCAGAGCAGAUUGAAAACUACAUCAACACCUCCCGCUGGUCGCCAAUGUCGAUUCGCACUCCCUUCACCAGCCUGCAGUUCAUCCGUGUCUCUGAUGCUCGUUCUGUUGGCGACUUCCUUCGUGACCUCGACGGUCGCGGCAUCAUGGAUGGUGACUUCAUUCUUGUCCACGGUGAUCUCGUCUCGAACAUCUCCCUUGACGGCGCGCUGGCGGCACACAAGGCGCGCAAGGAGGCUGCUGCGACCAACAUCAUGACCGUGGUCCUGCGAUCCGGCGGCGCGGAUGAGCACAGAACGAAGCCAAAUGGCAUUAACCCCGUCUUCGUGAUGGACUCAAAGACGAAACGCUGCUUACACUACGACGAGACGCACCCCCUCCAGAGCGACCAUUACAUGACCCUCGACCCGGCUGUCGUCGACGAGCUGUCAGCCGAUUUCGAGAUCCGCGGGGAUCUGAUCGAUGCCGGGAUCGAUAUCUGCACCCCCGAGGUGCUGGCGCUGUGGUCCGAGAGUUUCGACUAUGAGCUCCCUAGGAGAAAUUUCCUGCAUGGUGUGCUGAAGGACUGGGAGUUGAACGGAAAGGCCAUCUACGCGGAGGUGUUGGAGGACGGAUACGCCGCACGCGCCAACAACCUUCAGAUGUACGAGUCGAUCAGCAAAGAUGUUCUCGGCCGGUGGACUUUCCCCUUCGUCCCUGACUGCAAUAUCAUUCCCGGACAGACAUACAAGAUGACAGCGGGCGCUGUCUCAAUCGAAGAUGGAACUGUUCUGGCGCCAGACAGCAUGCACGCCAGAUCCAUCUUGGGCCAGGGAACCAGCGUGGGUGCCGGUAGUAAGGUGACCGACAGCAUUAUUGGAAGGCGGUGCACAAUCGGCAAGAACGUUCGUAUUGAGAACAGCUUCAUCUGGGACGAUACCAUCGUCGAAGACGGCGCAGUAAUCACGCGUGCCAUCCUCGCCGACUCCAGCGUCGUGGGCAAGGGCUCUUCAGUCGCCGCCGGCUCACUUCUCUCAUAUGGCGUCGUUAUCGGCGAGGACGUCCAAGUUCCAGAGAGCACCGCACUCGCAGUGACCACAUACAACGGCAGCCCCGUCAACCCCGACAAGUCCCUCGUAGGCGCUACUGGUAAGGGCGCGCGCUACGUUGACCCCGAAGCUGAGGAAGCAGACGAUGAGGACCCUUCGAUCCUCCAACGCUCCCUCAUCUACAACCUCGCCCACCUCAACCUCUCCACAUCCUCCGUCUCUACCCUCUCUUCCGACUAUGACGACUCAGACUCCGAAUCCGGCAUCACACCCUUCUCCGCCGACUCCCGCAACCGCCACGACUCGUUUGUCUCGGACGACUCCUCCGGUAAGGCCGGUUUCCACCACGACGCAGUCCACGGCUUGCUCGACGCCCUCCGCGCGGAGUCUGGUGAUUUCGAUUCCGCCAAGCUCGAAUUCAUGGGUCUCCGUCUCGCCAACGACGCUUCAGAUGUCGCCAUGCGCAAGGCCGUCGCCGUCGCCUUCGCUCGCCGCGCCGCGGAGCUUCUCGAACCUGAGAACGGCGCCCUCGAACCCACAAAGGCAGCCGAGUCGACCUUUGCCUCAAAGAAGGGCGCCGCCAAGUUCGUGUCCGAGGUCGGUGUCGGUAGCACCGAGGAGGAACAGGUCGAGUUCGUCCUCGCGCUGCAGCAUGCUCUGCUCGGUGUACGAAACCUCGAGCAAAACCGUGCUGGCGUCCUGCUGGCUGCCACGCUGCAGCAGCUCUACGGUCUCGACGUACUGGAGGAAGAGGGAAUCCUGGCGUGGUGGGAGGACGAACGCGCCGAGGAGGGCGAGGGUAUGGGUACAUUGAAGGAGAAGUGCAGAGUCCUGGUCGAGUGGCUCGAGAAUGCCGAGGAGGAGGAUGACGACUCUGACGAGGAUGACGAGUAG